CCGGGUUGGUUGCCGCUUUCCUCUUCUCCGUUACCGGAAGUAGCCGUUGCAGGAUCGCUUUCGGGGAGUAGUGGGAGUGGCUUGGGUUUCCAGUUAGCCUCCGGGUCCUAGCGCCCGGCGGUACAGUGCCCUGCUGCUGCUUUGACCCUGUGGCUUGCUUCUCCUCUUAAGUAAAGCCAAAAGAGCCAGGGUUUAAUGCGACCACAAGAUGUGUAGGAACAAUUAGUCUCCCUUUUGCUUCAAAGAAUAUUAAUCAUGAAGAUUACUAUUGUUCAGAGGAUUUAGAAUAAAAGGAAGAAAAUUAGCUGUCAUGAAUUGCCAAAUCAGUUAUACGGUCCCUGAAACAAAACGGCAGCCUGUAAAGGCAUCCCAACGCAAUUGCAGCGAGCCAGACAUGGAAACGAAGGAAGAUUUGAGAAGAAAACUUCAUCAAGCCAAGAAAGAGAAACUGGAUAUCACCGCUAAACAUAAUGCAGAACUAUCAAACUACGAAAGCCAGAUUGCCAGGUUGCGAGCAGAAGUUGAGAAAGGUGAAGCAAUUAGACAAAGCUUGGAGUAUGAACUUGCUGUUGCAAGGAAGGAAGUUGGCAUUGAACGGUAUACAUCAGAAGACAAAUUAGGGGAAGCAAACACACACAUUGAGCACCUUCAAGCAACCAUCCGGGCUUACCAACAGAAGCUGAAUGAGACAGAGAGAAGCUAUCACAUUGCUAAGCAGCACUGGGAUGAAAAACAGCAGAGACUUAUGAGUGACAUAUCAGAAAAGGAGCACAUAAUCAAUACCUGCAAUAGUGAAUAUGAGACACUUUUGAAGGAGAGGACUAAACUGGACAACAUCUUGAAGGAGACCCUGGAACGUCAGAAGAAGGAGAAGAGCAUGAUAGAGUCAGAGAUCAGGGAAGUGGCAGCAGAGGAAUUUAGGUGUCAGGCAGAGCUGUGGAAAGGAGAAAGAAAUGAAUUCCAAUUACUGUUACAGGAAAGCAACAGCGCAAUGCAGAAUGUUCACAAGAAAAUGAAAGAAUUGGAAUUGGAGCACAGUAGCUGUUCGGACACACUGAGGCGGCAGACCAGUGAGCUUCAAUUCAUUGCUGAGAGAGAGGCUCGACUUAAAAAAGAACUUGAGGUAGCUACAGCGAGAAUAAAGAAACUGGAAGAAAAUGUAGAGGCAGAGAGAGCAGCACAUCUGGAAUCAAAAUUUAAUUCUGAAAUAAUUCAGUUAAGAAUUAGAGAUCUCGAAGGAGCUUUGCAAGUGGAGAAGGCAAGUCAAGCAGAAGCACUUUCUGAAGUGGGAAUGAUCAAAGCCAAAUUUAAAGAGGUAGAAAAUGCCUAUGAGAGAGAGAAGCAUAACGCUCAUGAGGCAUUUGAAAAGCUCAACAUGCUAGAAAGGGAGUACUUUUCCAUAAACAAGCACCUCAAUGAAGAGAUUGAGGAAAAGAAGAAAGCAAUUAUAGAUCUCUCAGAGAAACUCCAGGAUAAUGAAAAAGAUUACAAGGAGUUACAGGAUGAGCUUCUUCUGGCCAAGAAACGCCAGGUCUUCCUAACAGAGACGUGCGAAAACAACGUGAGAGAGCUGGAGUUAGUCUUGGACAGCUUUACUGUGUCAGGCCAGCGGACAGCAGGCAUUCGCAAGGACAAAGAUAAACCUCCAAGCUUCACUCUUGUCCUUGAGACUUUGAGGCGUACCUUGACAGAUUACCAGAACAAGCUGGAAGAUGCAUCUAAUGAGGUUAAAAAAAGGGCAAUUUUGUCUGAGAAGAUGGUUAAAGACUAUGAUUCUUCUCAACAGCAACUGAAAUCUCAAGCUCAAGAACUUCAGGAAGCAAAGAACAACUUUGCUGAGACCAACAAAGAGUUAAAUCAUCUUCAAGCUAAGUGCGCAGAUAGAGAAUCUUUAAUAGCUACCUUAAAAAAGGAACUACAGAGUAUACUGCACUGCUGGGAAAAAGAGAAGGUGAAUUCUACAGAAUUAGAAAACGAAAUCCAGAAGCUCACACGGGCUUAUGAGAAGGAUACGGAGGAGAAGCUAACCUUCCUCCAUACUUUAUACCAGCACUUGGUAGCAGGCUGUGUUCUUAUAAAACAACCAGAAGGCAUCCUGGAUAAAUUCUCCUGGCCGGAGCUUUGCACAGUCUUGCAGGAGAAUGUUGAUGCCAUGAUCUUAGACCUCAACAAGGCUAAUGAGAAGAUCUCUCACCUUGAAUACGUCUGUAAGAACAAGUCGGAUACGAUGAGGGAGCUUCAGCAGACCCAGGAAGACACUUUUAGCAAAGUAGCUGAACAGAUGAAAGCGCAGGAAAGCUGUUGGCUGAAGCAGAAGAAGGAAUUGGAACAGCAAUAUUCUGGACUCCUUGGGGAGGUUCAUGCAAGGGCACAGAAAUAUCAGGAAAUGGCAGAGAAAGCCAAAGAAAAGUUCGCUGCUACUGAAAAAGUACAGGAGCAAUUACUUCUUGAAAAUUCACACUUUAAAAGCGCAUUGGCACAGACUCAAAAGGAACAUAGGUCACUGCUGGCUGCCUGUGCGCUCUUGUCUGGUGCAUUGUAUCCCCUGUAUUGCCGAGCAUGUGCCUUGUCUACACAAAGAGACUUACUGCAGGAUCAGGUCAACACGUGCGACCUUAUCAAGCAGGAGAUUAGGACUCUGGCCAAUGCACUGUCUGAGGCUGAGGAAAGAAAGCAAAGUGAUGGCAAGAGGAAGCAGAAAAGGCAUCACAGAGGCUUGAUACAUCUUUUCCGUAAAAGUGUCAUUGCCGUGCUGGCGGCCCAUAGGCUUCAAAUGCUGGGCCAGUCAUACAGCUCUCUCUUUUCUUGGGUUGACAACUACAGAGAAGGCAUUGGAAUCUUAGUCUGCGUGGGAGACUCCAAAGAUGUGCCUAACCUGUCAAGGCAUCAGAAGGAGCAGAUCCGAUCCCUUCAAGCAUUCAAUUGGUUUACCAGUCAUGACCUUCUUGCUGCAGUCCUAAGUUCUAUGGUGGAGCUACAGGAAGUAGUUGGCAAGACAGAUCUGAAUUCCUGGAUUUCAGGACAUUUACUCACCAGCGCAGCAAGAAAUUCUUUUUCAAAAUUAAUGGACAAGCUUUGUCUUGUGAUGGAAGUUACUCCAGCAGGUAGCAGCCGAAGUAUUACCUAUGCAGAGAAAGACUCGUUGGUUCAGAAGUUGGCUCGUGGGCUCCAUAAAAUAAAUGCACAGGCGCUUAAAGCAGGCAUGAGCGACGGAGGCCCUGUUACGAAAAGCAUAGCAUCCUUGCAGAAGCAAAUAUUUGAAUUUACACAAAGGCUGCAUACAGCAGAAGUGGAGCGGCGGUCACUGCGCUUAGAGCUCACAGAAUUCAAACGGAAUUUGAAUGAGAUGAAGAAAGAGGCUGACAAAGCCCAGAGCCUGCAAGAGCAAUUAAAUGUGUUUAAGCAAUCUAAAUUGAUCACCCACGAGAGGUUUGAAAGUGCAUGUGAGGAGCUAAAUAAUGCAUUACUUCGGGAGCAGCAGGCCCAAAUGCUCUUGAAUGAACAGGCACAACAACUACAGGAGUUGCAGUAUAAACUGGAAUUACAUUCCUGUGAAGAAGCAGACAAAAACCAUACCCUAAGUGAAGCUGUAAAGAGUCUCUCCGAGGCAAAGAUGGAGCUGAGAAGAAAAGAUCAAUCUCUGCGUCAGCUCAAUAGACAUCUUACCCAGCUGGAGCAGGACAAGCGUCGACUGGAAGAGAGCAUCCACGAUGCAGAGAGUGCCCUCCGCAUGGCAGCAAAAGAAAAAGAAUCAAUUGCUAGGAACAUGAAAUCUGUGGAAUCUACCCUUCAGAAUGUCAGAGAUCAGAUCUCGCUGUCACGGACUGCGGCAACCAGGAAUGACUUCACCCUGCAGCUACCAAAGCUGCACCUGGAGACCUUUGCAAUGGAAGGGCUGAAGGGCGGUCCAGAGGUUGUAGCAUUCCAGGCUAUGAUUGUAAGUUUUAUGGAUGUCUAUCAACUUGUGGGCUCCAGAGUCUCCACACUAGAAAGAGAAAUCGCAUCCCACCACCAUCACAUUGCAGCCCUGAAAUCAGAACUUCAAACAGCGUGUCUUCGUGAAAAUGAAAGCUUGUCCUCUGAGUCACGCAACACUUCAAGCAACCCUGCAGCUUCAAAAUCAUUACUCCAGAUCAACCAGAAUUACAUCCCAGAUUUUUUGCCGCUGAAGGCAGAGUCGGAUUAUGAUGCCGCUUUUGGCUUGGUAAACAAUAGACCCCAGUCUCAAACUUCCUCAUGCUGUUCCUCUGCUCUUCAUAUCAUUCCCAGCAGUAGCAAAUGAGCAAUGCAAAAUGAAUGCUGAGUUUCAUUUUUUGUAAGGAAUUUUAAAAGAACAGAUUAAAAUCCUAUUUUAUUAGGAAGUUUCAGUUCAGAGACUAUGCAUUUCUGUGGCUUUAAUUUUGCAUUAUUUUCUGCCAGAAUGGGGAGAGGGGCAGUUUUGUUCAUACGUGCCUGUACUUUGCCCUCCCGGUGUAGUGAAACAGUCCAUUAAAAGAGAACUUUUAUUUAUCAUA